AUGCCAGCCAACGACGCCAUCCGAGGAAUCAUCUGCAGAACGAGAACGAGAAACCUAAUUCCCGUCGUUAUUCUACUUCGUUGCCCUCAUCCGGGGUUGGAGCAGAUAGGCAGCAAGAUUAGUAACGGAGGGCGCCAAGAUGCAAGACUCGUCGCAUUAAUCAUCCUCUUGGCCACCUUCCAAGACUUCUUGUCCUUUGGACGGAGCGGGAAGGUCAGAGGAGGGAUGCCAAGCGAGCACCCGUGGUCGAUGUCUGAGCAGGAGAUCGGGGAGACGAAGGGGGUUCGCCUAGACUUCCAGAAGGACGACAACUGA